AUGUUCAACAAGCUUCUCUCUGUCGCCACUGUUCUCUCUGGUCUGUUGGCCAUUGCCGACGGUGCCCCCCAGCGACCAGGCCUUCCUGUCCCUGUCCCUGUCCCAGCCCCUGCAGGCUUCAAGAUCACGAGUCUCGGUGUCAUCGGAACUGGCUGCCCACCAGGCUCCACCUACUGGGUCCUUAGUCCCGACAACACUGCUCUCACUGUUACCUUCAGUGAAUACUACGCCCAAGCAGGACCUGGCAUUCCCGCCAACCAAAACCGAAAGAACUGCCGCCUCACCAUUGGUGUGGAUGUUCCCCCAGGCUUCACCUUCGGUGUUGCAAGCAUCGACUACCGUGGCUACUACCAACUCGACUCUCGUGUGACUGCCUCCCAGAACUCCCUCUACUACUUCCAGGGUCAAAUUCUUCAAGCCACCGCUCGCAAGGAUCUCGUUGGACCCGUCGAUGGUGCUGACUACACCUACCGUGACAUGUUCGACCUUGUGUCGACUGUCCAAUCUCCUUGCGGCAUCUCCACCGUCUUGAACGUGCAAAGCGACCUCCGUGUCAGCAACUCGCAAAACACCAGAGGAAGCGGCUACAUUGCUACCGACUCUAUCGAUACCGCUCUUAACACCACCCUCAACUUCCAAUGGCAAGCUUGCCCCAACUAA